GUUUUACUAUGUGUAUUGUUGGUUGUCUAACCACCAAUUUUAAGGUUAUGUUGUGUUUUGUUUUUACCGAUUUAAAUAAUUACAAUGGUUUGUGACCACUAGAGAUACGCUUUUAAUAAUUCCAAGACCUAUAUCGAAACAUGUAUCAAGACAAAAUUGAGGAGCUCCAAAACUACUUUAAGAGCCACUGUAAAAUAAAAGAGUAUUCGGGGCACUCUUCCAAAGUCCAUUCUGUUGGUUGGAGUUGCGAUGGUAAACGUCUGGCAUCUGGUUCUUUCGAUAAAUCCGUCUGUAUCUACACUUUGGACAGAGAUCGUUUGAAUAAGGAAAUAACAUUCAAGGGACACGGUGGUUCAGUGGACCAACUCUGUUGGCACCAGUCUCACCCAGACUUAUUAAGUACAGCAAGUGGUGAUAAGUCUGUUAGAAUUUGGGACACUCGAGUCCAGAAAUGUGUUGCCACAAUCAAUACAAAAGGGGAGAAUAUCAACAUUACGUGGUCGCCUAACGGCAACGCGAUCGCAGUCGGGAACAAGGAAGAUUUGGUCACUUUUAUCGACGCCAGGACGCACAAAAUCGAAGCUGAAGAACAGUUCAAUUUUGAAGUGAACGAAAUCUCAUGGAAUAACACAAGCGACUUGUUCUUUCUAACGAACGGACAAGGCUGUGUCCACAUUUUGAGCUAUCCCGAACUAAAAAGGCAACACAUUUUGAAGGCGCAUCCAGGGACUUGUAUUUGUAUAGAGUUUGACCCUACGGGGAAAUACUUUGCAACGGGUAGUGCCGAUGCUUUGGUUUCCUUGUGGGAUAUUAACGAGUUGGCGUGUCAGAGAGUGUUUACAAGAAUGGAUUGGCCCGUGAGGACGAUUUCGUUUAGUUACGACGGUCAGUUGCUAGCUUCAGCUUCAGAAGAUUUAAUCAUAGAUAUUGGAUUUGUUGAAACUGGUGAUAAGAUUGCGGAUAUUUCGGUAGAAGCGGCUACUUUUACGGUAGCUUGGCACCCCUCAAUGUACUUUUUGGCGUACGCUUGUGACGAUAAGGAUGCGUAUGAUAGGAAACGGGACGCUGGGAGUUUGAAAGUUUGGGGGUUUCCGUCUGACUGAAACUAUGUGUUUCAAAAUAUUCAUUAUUUUGUAAUGUGCAUUUCAAAUAAAUUACUUCAAUAAAAAUAA